AUUUUUCCAGUUAUGAUGACUGCUCGUUCUAGUUAUUUAUUAAAUUUAUUUAAAAAUAAAUAUUUAACUGCAGUUAAAAAUAUUAGACACUGUAGUACUCAAGAAGUUAAAGUAAAAGAAGUUAAAGAAAGUAUUCUUCAAAAUUGGGGAAAAUACUGGAAAAAUCUUUAUCAAGAUUACAAAGAUGUGGCGAUUGACCUUAAGAAAGAUUGCAAAGAACGACCUAUACGUGCUCUAUUUUAUUUUUCAUUGAUUGGCAGCGGUUACUAUUUUUAUCGUGUUAACCCAGAUGAAAUAUCGUUCAGAGAAGCACUGAUGGAAAAUACAUCGCGUUUGAUGUUCGUAGCUGAAAGAAUGCGUAAUCCAGUGUCUGCUGAACAUGUGUUACAUAUGAAACAAUGUUUAAAUGAACAGAUUGUCAGGAGAUUGAGUUUAGGCGUAGUGUCAUUUAUUUGGCUGGACAAUUACUCUGAUUUAUGCAAGCAAUACAAAGUUACUUGCACGUAUUUGAAGCCAAGUCUUGUUAAUUUUCAUCAUCGGAUUGUCGAUGUUGGCUUUCUCGGCAAGUGGUGGAUAUUAGAAAAUAAAAUGCAAGAUUAUGAUAUUAAUAAUAAUGAAAUUUAAUAUAAAAUAUAGUAAAUUGGUUUUAUUA